GAGCAUUUAUGUGAAUUGAAAGCUUGAGCAAAGUAGAGCAAAUAUUUGCUGAUAAAAAGGUGACUGUGAUCACCCGAUUAUAAUUACAACAGCCAGAGUCAAGUCCAUUCAGUUGGCAAGGAAGGAUCUAACAAAAAAGAAACUGGAGAUUAACAUGGAUGUUCGGGUGGUGUUGCUGAUCUUGGCCACGACGAUAACAGCUACGGGGAGCCAGCAGAUAUCUGCCUCAAGGAACCCGUUACCAGUGGGCAGCAACGUCACACUUUUCAGCCAGGACCAUGUCAGAGCAGGAACGUGGAUCUUUGACAAUACUUUGAUUGUCUUCAUAGCUCCGGGAAUUUUAAACAUCGCCAACUCUUGGAAGGACAGGGCUACAUUCAAUUCAACCACUUCAUCAUUGACUAUAACAUCAGUGAAGCUAGAAGACUCUGGAGAGUACACAUUACAGGCAAUUGAUACCUUUACUGCUAAGUUAACACUGUCAGUCCAAGUGCCUAUUUCCAAUGUGUCUCUGACAGCAAGUGCCACUGACCUGGUGGAGUUCAAUGACACAGCAGUGCUCACAUGCUCUGUGCUCAAUGGCACGUCCCUGUCUUAUGUUUGGAUGAAGGGCAGCUCAGAGGUGGCAGCGGGAGCGAGAGCACAGCUCAGCGAUGGAGGCGCCACUCUCACCAUCGUCGGGGUGACACGAUAUGAUGAGGGGUCGUACAGGUGCAAUGUGUCCAAUGGUGUGAGCGAUGCUAUCAGCCCCCCUGUUCACCUCAACAUAUACUAUGGUCCCAGUAACACAACAAUGACAGUCACGCCCAUGAGGUCCGCCUACAUAACGGGAUCUAACAUCACACUGUCUUGCUCUGCGGAGUCUAAGCCUCCAGCGGGUGUCCAGUGGAUGUUUAAUGGGGUGAACCUAAAUCACUUUGGCCAAGAGCUUCAACUGGAGAUGGUUGCAGAAAACAAGUCGGGAAAUUACCAAUGCAUACUUCACAACACAGUCACGUCCAGGUUCACGAGCAAAAGUGGAAUGAUCAGGAUUUUGACACCGAUAGCAGCCGUUGUGGUGAAUCCAGCAGGUGGACCACCAAUACUUCAUGAGCAGUACAUGCUGCAUUGUGAAGUGAAUGGAUAUGUUGAAAACAUUCAGUGGUCGAGGAAUGGUCAACCAAUUACUGCUGACAAUACAACAGUCAUUGAUAUGACCAACAGGACACUUCUUCUCAAGCCAGUCCAACUUUCAGAUAAUGGAGAUUAUCGGUGUGAGGCUUCUAGUCCUGUGAGCAACAUGACCAGCCACCCUUACACAGUCGAAGUAAACUAUGGCCCAAUGACACCAGUGAUUGCAGCACCUUCCAUGGCUCUAACAGGACAAAUGGUAACCCUCAACUGCUCAAGUGACUCUCAUCCACCCAGUCACAUAAACUGGUACUUCAAUGGAUCCCUGCAGGCUACCACCUCAGAACUAGUGAUUGGACCUCUGACCUUCAAUAUGAGCGGGCAGUACACAUGCAUGGCCCACAACAACAUCACCGGCAAAAACAGCUCAGCUGACACAAUGCUCACACUUUUGGCUCCAGUGACUAUGGCAUCAAUAAAGAUUGUUGGAGCUCAGCCAAUCAUGAACCACACUUUCACUCUGAGCUGUGAGACAGCUGGAAGUGUGCAUUAUAUUGGCUGGAUGUAUAAUUUGUCCCAACUGCAUGCUGAUAACACAAAAAACCUCUCAAUGGACAACGCAACCCUCACCUUUAAUCCUGUCACAAACGCUGACAAUGGGGACUAUAGAUGUGAGGCAAACAACGCACUCAGCCACUUUGUCGGCCCCAUCUUCUCGCUGGAGGUUUACUAUGGCCCGCACAAACCAACUAUCAUGGGACCAAGUUUCUUAGGAGCUGGAGACAACGCCCCUUUCAGCUGCUACGCAUCAUCAAACCCUCCCAGCUCCUACAAAUGGUUUUUCAAUGGUUCUCUAGUUUCCAAUACAUCUGAGUAUGUCUCCCCUCCUCUUACCGAAGACAUGAGUGGGACUUACACCUGCAUGGCCUACAACAACAUCACCGGCAAAAACAGCAGUGCAGACAAGAUGCUCACUGUUUUGGCUCCAGUGACUAUGGCAUCAAUAAAGAUUGUCGGAGCUCAGCCAAUCGAGAACCACACUUUUACUCUGACCUGUGAGACAACAGGAAGUGUGGAGUCAGUUAUCUGGAUGUAUAAUUGGUCCCCACUGUAUGCUGACAACAGAAGAAACUUGUCAAUGGACAACACCACCCUCACCUUUGAUCCUGUCAUGAAAUCUGACAAUGGGAACUAUCAGUGCAUAGCAUCCAACCAAUUCAGUAGGAACUACAGUCAUAUCUUCUCGCUGGAUGUUUUUUAUGGACCAGAAAUGCCAACUAUUAUGGGUCCCAAUGCUGCUAAGAGAGGAGACAACGCCACAUUCCGCUGCUACGCCUCAUCAAACCCUCCCUGCUCCUAUGAAUGGUUCUUCAAUGGUUCUGUAGUGUCCGAUACGUCUGAGUAUGUCGCAUCUCUUCUCACUGGAGAAUCGAGUGUGAUGUACACCUGCAUGGCCUACAACAACAUCACCGGCAAAAACAUCACUGCAUACAAGAUGCUCACUGUUUUUGAUCCAAUAGAAGAUGUACAAAUAGAAACAUCAAUGAAUCCUGCCAUAGUAGGUCAUUUUUAUAACCUAACGUGCAAUGUGACUGGAACUGCUGAGCAUUUUUACUGGAUGAAAAACGGUGAGCUUCUGCAUGAAGACAACAGAACUGUUUUCUACAUGGAUUACAAGAUAGUCACUUUCAACCCGCUUGAACUAAAUGAUACUGGACUGUAUCAGUGUAUGGCUCUCAAUCCUUUUUGGAACAAGACAAGCCCUUCUUACAUGCUUCUUAUGAACUAUGGACCAGAAACACCCAUGAUUGAUGGUCCAGCUUUUGCGGAGACAGGACAGUCGGCUGUCUUUACCUGUUCUGCCAAAUCAGUGCCUCCGAGUCACUACAGCUGGUGGUUCAAUGGCUCCAGCGUGGCCAAUUCUUCUGUGUUCACAACUGACCCUUUGUCUUUCAAUAUGAGUGGAGAAUACACCUGCAUGGCCUACAAUAAUGUGACGGAAAACAACAGCACUAACUCCAAGAUGCUCACAGUCAUUGAGGCAAUAUCAUCAGUGAUGAUCAGAAUCACCACAGUUCCAAUAAACUUAGAUGUCUUCACUCUCACCUGUGACGUUUCUGGGCCUUAUGACAUGAUCUACUGGAUGAAGGACAACAUGCACCUCAACAUGACAAACUCCACAGCAAACCCUCUCAUGUCCUACCACAUUAAUAACAACAUCCUGUACUUCACUCCGGUGAAUCGGAUUAAUGACGGGACAUAUGAGUGUGUCGCUACCAAUCAGGCUGGUCAACACAAAAGCCCCAAAUAUAUGCUCCUGGUGAACUACGGCCCUCUGAAUGUGAUGAUCUCUGGUCCAGAUAAAGCAAAGGUUGGCAGCUCUGUGUCGUUGACAUGCUCCGCUGAAACUCAGCCGGAUUGUGACUUCCUCUGGUUCUUUAACAAUCCGUUAUUACCGAAUGUAGAGGCCGGUCCUGUUAUCACUUUCUCUGUGACGAAGGAGAAUGAGGGAAUCUACGUAUGCAAGGCGAGGAAUCCUGUGACCAAUAUCGAAAUGUUCCAGUACAAAACCUUCAUGGUCAUUGGUCACGCCUCUGCCCUCCACUUCCAUUCCCGAGGCGUUCUGAUGUUGAUGGGUGUGUUUGCUUUAUCUUUCCCUGUGCUGUUCAACUGAGUCCUUCACAUUUUGUCCAAUUGCUCCCUCUACAGUCUUAACACUAACAGUCAUAUUAUAAAAUGUAUGGAAAGGUCCUACAUAGUCAAUUAUAUGAUUUGAAUGUUAUCAGUUCUUGCGUUUCUUGUUGUUUUGAAAGGCAAAGAUGAUUUGGAAAGCGUGACUGACUUUAAAUUAAGUUACAUUUUGUUGUUGGAUAUUUAUUUGUAUUAGAUUUGUAUUUGUUAACGUGCAAUACAUUAACACAGACAUUUAAAGGGGAAAUCAUUUUAAUACUGUUUAGGGUUUUAUGUCAAAUGUAUCAUUGU